CCAAUAUGGCGGCAACAACGAAUUGUGUUGAACAUUGGGGAGAACUCGAUCCUCCUUUGCCAAAAACAGCCGGCCUACACGUUGAAAUGACGGAGCCUAAAGCUGCAGAUUACGAAAUACCAAGACUGCAUCAGCCAUCUUCGGAACACUUCCCACCAAAAGACGAAUUGCCAAUGAAGUUUAUGGCGUCUGUCAAACCGCCACUUGAUAAACACUCACAGAACCUAACACUACACUGUAUUGAACUACAGCAUCACAAACGACGUAUGCGCCUGAUGUUAAUGGCAGCCCAACAUCAACAUGGAGAGGGAACGAAAUCAGAUGGUGCUGAAGCUCCUUCUCUUCCUGCUCAUCCACCAAGAUCCAAGCGAUUCUGCUCCAGUCAUGGAAUUGUCACACCACCUAUGCAAACCACUAUUCUCUCACGAGCUCAAGAAACUGUAAACCCUCAUGAACCUCAUUCUGCCCUUACAUGUGCAGAGCUAGACAGUGCUUCCAACAGACAUUUGUUGAUGAAGUCAGUAGCUACCUUAUGUGCUCUUGCAGGAUUUGAUAUGGCCAGUGAAUCUUCUCUGGAAAUACUAACAGACAUCCUAGAUGACUUUAACACCAAGCUCUGUCGUCUUUUGAGAAUGAGUGUUGAUAAUAAUGCAUUAGGUGGAAGAACAGGUUUUCCAGAUGCCAUGGAGUAUGCUCUGCACGAGAUUGGGUUAGGUGGAUGUGCUGCUAUUCAUAAGUACUGGGUGCAAGGAAUACAGGAUUAUGCCGUAAAACUAGAUCAAGAGGAUAUGGAGAUGAUACAGGAAUACAAGGCUUUGAUUGAUCCAUCAGCUAGGAAAUCUGCAACGGUUUCUAGUGGAGGAAACUCUCAAGGAUGCAUAGUCAAAGAUGAAGUGGAACUGAAAGGAAGUGGAUUAUCAUGUAAAACAUCUGUUGGGACAGACACAUCAGACCAGGGCCCAGAGUUAUCACUUUUAAGUCCAUAUGGGAUGGUUUCCAGUGGAACCAAUACUGGAGAAGGAAAUAGCGAUCCCACCUCACCCCAGUGGGGAAUGUCAUAUAUUAAGACUGAAGGUGAAGAAGAUGAGUCAUACGAGGACCCAAUGAAUGUUGUUCCGAAAACGCCACAGUCAUAGUGGACAGGAAAAAAAGCGUCAAGAACAGAGCACAUUCUUAGGACUCUCUUAUAGACGCUGAAACUACGACCAUGGUAUUUCAAGCGGUCUCGUUUAAACGAGAAAUUCAUCAUCCUGGAGAGUGUUACAGAGCUCUUUAAAUUCUGUCGUCGAAAAACAGAUUCGCUCGAGAGUAGUAAUAGGAGGCACUGUAGUCUAGUAGUAUUCCAACCAAGAACAAACGGGCAUUACCAAAUAUGGCUAACAAGAUGGCGGUUUGAGCUGUAACACAAUUUUCAUGUUGUCACGCCGUCGCGAAAGGGUGUUACAGGGGGAUGUCACGCAGAAAGUCAUAAAUGAGUUAGGCGGGAAAACAUAAUUUGUAUAGUUAUCUUUCCGAUGUUCAAAUACGUGACACGUGAAAUAUUGCAGUGAUUACAAAUAUUGCAAGAUGGUUAUAUGAUAGAAAUUUUUAAUUUU